AUGGGUGGCCAAAGCAGAGAAGGCGGCAAGGUCAAGCCCCUGAAGUCGGCCAAGAAGGAGAAGAAGGACCUGGAUGAGGAUGAUAUUGCCCACCGCGAGAAGCUGAAGGCCGAGGCCAAGGCAAAGAAGGAGAUGGCCGAGAUGGCCAAGGGCAAGAAGGGCCCGCUGAACACCGGUCAGCAGGGUAUCAAGAAGUCGGGCAAGAAAUAG